GAGCAUGAGGUUUGUGUUCUUGGGCGUAUACCCGCAAUGACACACAUACAGAAACAACCAUCAACUCAUAUUUAGGACUUUUUUAAAGACUACAUUUGUACAUACAGAGAGUGACGUGCUCCUCUUCCACCAGCAGGUGUGGUGGCCUACUGGCACACCCCCUUUGGACACCUCCAAACACCUGGCUUCCAUUCCAGACAGGACCCGGUCUACAUGCACCAUGAUGGCAGCCUCGUGGUCAACAAGCUGAGCAGCCUCCACGAGGGCUUGUAUUACUGCCUCCUCCAGCAUGACGGAGGGUCCACGCUGUUCCCCUACCAGCUCCACAAGCAACCAGAAGAUGGGGGGCGUGAACACCUCAGGUUCAGGAGGGAGCUUGGCUCUGUUCGAGAGGAGCAGAAAGCUGUUUCAGGCCAGUUCUUUGCAGGAGCUGUGGCGGCUUCAGUGCUACUCACAUUUGCGUUUGGCUUCAGUGUAGGAGCUCUGAGCAGGAGACCUGUUUUCAGGUGCUUGAAUGGGCUCACAAAGAUGUUACCUGGCUCAUCACGACGGCAACAGCAUCACCUGCCAGGCUCUGACAUAACCAUGGCGACACUCCCAUCCAUGUACAGCACGAUGGAGCAGGUGAGGGAUGAUGAGACAGCAAGCAGCUUGGGAUCCAAUCCACCUGCCAAACCUCAGAGAAGCUUCCGGGAAAGACGAGGUGAGGACGAGCAGGAGGCGGCUGCCUACUUGGAAGCAUGUGACCAGGUGGAUGGGAGGAGCAAGGAGGAGGUGAGAGCAAGGCUGGAGGAAUGUGAUGGACAGCUCACAGAUGUUAGACCAUCAGGAGAUGAUUCCAGCAAAGAGGAUGAGAAAGGGAGGAGACAGGAAGAAGACAUUGGAGAAGUGGGAGGUUAUGAUGGGAGGAAGGAGGAAGAAAGAGGAAAUGAUGAAAAUGCAGGAGAGAGGAGAUACGAUGACGAUGAAGGAGCAGACGUGAGCAGUGAAGGCUCGUCCUCACAAACAGACGAUGAUGAUGGACACGAAGGCGAAAAAGAGGAACCCUCCUCCCGUCCAGUCUUGCCGCCUCGUCCAAGCCGCGUCAUUCGUCUCUAUCAGUACGACGAAGAUGGCCGCCGAUACGGCCACCUGCCCGACGAGCCAGUCCCCGCCCCCAGACUCAAGCAGCGCUCCGCCUCUCUGACACGCCUCAACGCCAUCAUGGCUGCCGCCUCAGCUGGGCCGCUGGACACGCCCCCAGGAGAAGAGGAAGCUGUGGGAAGGAUGGAGAGGACCCACUUCAACAUGGACAUUUAGACAACAAACCAAUACUUGCUUUUUGAGGUAUUGUGCAUAAAUACCCUCCAAAAUAAUUGUAAUAUUUUCAUGAAGUAGUACAUUAAAUAGGCUGCAUGGCGGGCGAGUGAUUAGCGCGCAGACCUCACAGCUAGGAGACCCGAGUUCAAUCCCACCCUCGGCCAUCUCUAUGUGGAGUUUGCAUGUGUGGGUUUUCUCCGGGUACUCCGGUUUCCUCCCACAUUCCAAAAACAUGCUAGGUUAAUUGGCGACUCCAAAUUGUCCAUAAGUAUGAAUGUGAGUGUGAAUGGUUGUUUGUCUAUAUGUGCCCUGUGAUUGGCUGGCCACCAGUCCAGGGUGUACCCCGCCUUUCGCCCGAAGACAGCUGGGAUAGACUCCAGCACCCCCGCGACCGCCGUGAGGAAAAAGCGGUAGAAAAUAAAUGAAUGAAUAGUACAUAAAAUAGGGUGCAUGGCGGGCGAGUGGUUAGCGCACAGACCUCACAGCUAGGAGACCCGAGAUCAAUCCCACCCUCGGCCAUCUCUUUAUGGAGUUUGCAUGUGUGGGUUUUCUCCGGGUACUCUGGUUUCCUCCCAAAUUCCAAAAACAUGCUAGGUUAAUUGGCUACUCCAAAUUGUCCAUAGGUAUGAAUGUGAGUGUACCCCACCAAGACAGCUGGGAUAGGCUCCAGCACCCCCACGACCCUUGUGAGGAUAAGCGGUAGAAAAUGAAUG